CAUUCUCUCGUCUCCAAACCACCACCACAGAAACAAGCAGCCCUCACAUACACAGACAAGAGUGCAAACCUUUCACCGUGCGUGGAAGCGUGCAAGAUGAACACCAUGUCAGCCGUUGUCUUCCUCGGGGUUUUGAUGCUCUCAUGCAGUUACAUGAGCAGCGCGGCACGGCACCUAGAGGAGGCCGUGCCCAAGGAGGAGCACCCACCGCAUCCCAUUGUGCCGGAGGUGCCAAAACCUGAACUCCCACCACACCCUGUUGUGCCCGAGCUGCCGAAGCCUGAACUGCCUCACCAUGUCAUCCCAAAGCCAAAGGAGCCCGAAGUGCCGCACCAUGCAGUACCAGAGAUGCCAAAGGUGCCCGAAGUGCCGCACCCUGCUGUGCCGGAGCUACCGAAGCCCGAGCUGCCGCCACACCCUGCAAUGCCCGAGCUGCCGAAACCUGAGCUACCUCAUCCAGUUGUCCCUGUGGUGCCAAAGGAGCAUGAAGUCCCACACCCUGUCGUACCAGAGGCGCCAAAGGAGCACGAAGAGCCCCAUUCUGCUGUGCCCGAGCUGCCAAAGCCGGAAAUUCCACAUCCUACCGUGCCCGAGGUACCAAAGAUGCCAGAACUGCCGCACCCCACCAUGCCGGAGUUUCCAAAGCAUGAACUGCCACCAUUCCCCAAAGCCGAGCUUCCCCCGAAGCCUGAGUUCCACCUCCCAGAGGCAGAGGCCAAGCCAUGAUCGUACUAUACCUACAUCAUCGGCGAGCUAUCUAAGUUUUAUAUGUAUACCAGAUGCAUGUGUGUGUGUGAUUGUUAUGUAAAAGUGUGUACUAGCUGUACAUGUCGUUAGCCUGCGGUCGAGUUCGUGAGACGAGCUAGCUCUGUCAUUACCAAGGAGCGUUAUGUAUUGAGUUGAGUGGUGUUGCAUGCAUGUUGCAUGUUGCAGCUGCUAGAUCUGUUUUUAAUACGUAUAUAUGUGAUACACGAUGUAUAUGCAUCGUAUAUACAUGAGUAAUGCAUACAUUAUGGAGUUUUUGUA